CGUCCUCGAUCGCAAGCAGUAUCCGGAAGUACCGUAGUUUGCAUGGACGGACGUAUCAUAACUUCCACACGGAAAGUUCCUCGGAGUACUGGUGAGUCAGGUCUGCACUGGACAAUACAAGCGGCUGAAUCUUAUCAGGGGCCCAAAUGAUGACAAGAUGAAUGAGCAGUUGGAUAUUGGACAUCAUAUGCUAACGCUCAUGUUGGACGGGAAGCUCUUCCUUGCACCAAUCGGUCCAACUCCACAGAAAGUAUUGGACGUCGGAACAGGAACUGGGAUUUGGGCUAUUGACUUCGGAGACCAAUUCCCAUCAGCAGAGGUGAUCGGUGUAGAUAUCUCCCCUACACAGCCGACUUUUACCCCUCCAAAUGUCAAAUUUGAGCUCGACGACGUUCAGCUUGAGUGGACCUACCAACCAAACAGUUUCGAUUACAUCCACGUGCGCUGCAUGCUUGGCGCAAUUCAAGACUGGGCACAUCUCUACCGCGAGAUCUACAAAUGCACCAAGCCCGGGGGAUAUAUCGAGCAUCUCGAAAUCUCAAUCAUGUUCAAAUCUGAAGACGGUACGGUGACAGAAGACCACUUUAUGGCGCAAUGGUCCAAGAUACUCCUUGGUGCUGCCGAGAAGAUUGGCAAAACCUUUGCCAUCUACGACUUCAACCGGGAGAUGAUCACGCAGGCAGGCUUCGUCGACGUUGUGGAGAAGAAGUUCAAGGUCCCUGUUGGCACAUGGCCGAGAGAUCCGAAGAUGAAGGAGUUGGGCCAGUGGAAUCUGCUCUUUUGUCUUGAGGGGCUGGAGAGCUGGAGUUUGUAUCUCUUGAGUAUGAUUUUGAAGUGGUCGUACGAGGAAAUCCAGGUGCAUAUUGCGACGAUGCGCAACAACCUUUUGAAUCGGAGGAAUCACGCUUAUUAUGAUAUUAAUGUUGUCUAUGGACGCAAACCGGGGGAGCCUUAAGAUACAACUGACGAUUGAAGGCAGAUCGUUUUUUCAUGAACAGUGGCGAGGUGUCGCGCAAAGUGAGCCAGUUGGUGUUUGGGUGUUUGGCGAUUGUUGCGCGACUCCGAUUCGUUUCCUAGCUACGUUAUCGCUUGUGAUCAUUCAGCAUUUUGUAGGCUAACAAUGACAAAGACAAGUGGGCAACCUCCCUGCCCAAAGUGUGAUCGCGUUGGAAAUAGAAAAUAGUAUACGUGCUAGACGAGUAGCAGUCAUAUCGGCUCCAGCUUUUGGCACAACACAGCAUGAGAGGAAUUUGCUGCCCAGAUAAGUGCGACCUCAAAACUAGCUACAUCCCUUGCUGAAGAUAACCCAUCGACACACACGUGCAGUCUUUUCUGUAAGGACAUCCUAUAGGUACGAUAAAGGUCUAGUUUACUA